UUUGGUGGACAUUUAUACGAUUUCUCCUAUAAAAGUGCAUCAAUAUUAUACGGAGAAUAUUGAACAGCCGUAGAAAUGCCCCCCAUUGAAAUAAAACAUCAUAUUCCUGACGUGACAGACAGACCAUUCAUUGCCGGCAUUGGCAUUCAUUGGUUAUGAUGCUACAGGUUUCUUCAUCAUAACUAUCAUUAAAUUUUCAAUUUCAAAUCAAAGCAUUAAUAUAAAACGGUUAAGAUUGAUGAAAAUAGUAUAUUUUCCUUUAUUGAUGGAAAUCGGAAAUCAUUUUAUAUUGCAGUACGUGGAUUAACCAGAUGGUCCAUAUUUGUGCGCCAAGGGUGUUAUAAUCUCCGGUUAUUCCUCCAACCAGAUGGUUGUUUUCAAUAUUUACACCUUUGCUGAUGAUGGUUGUGGCUCUGAAACGGAAAUCAGUUAACAAAUCCGGAGCUGCUUUUGGAAUUAUAACGGCCAUUAUUUUGUCUAUUGCCAAUCAUGCCUUUUUUGCAAGUUUAGCAACGUUUUUCUUUACCUCAUCAAGGGCAACAAAAUUUCGCUCUCAUAUGAAAAAGAAAAUUGAAAAAGAUUUUAAAGAAGGCGAAGGUCAACGCAAUUGGGUGCAAGUUCUAUGCAACUCUGGCAUGGCUACUCAAUUGGCGAUGUUAUAUUUAAUAGAUGUUGGCAGCAGCGAGAGAACCAUUAAUUUUGUAAAAGACUAUCGGGCCAGUUGGCUGGGCAUAGCAGUUAUGUCUGUUUUUGCCAGCUGCAAUGGUGACACCUGGGCCAGUGAACUGGGUAGUGUUCUAUCAAAAGGAGAUCCCUUUCUCAUCACCUCAUUGAAAAAGGUUCCACGCGGCACUAACGGAGGGGUAUCUCUUAUAGGCAUAUUUGUAAGUUUCUUAGCAGGUAUAGCGGUGGGUUUAGCGUAUUUCUUCACUAUAUAUUUCACUGCACCCACACAUAUGAUGUUGGUUGCCCCACCACAAUGGCCCUUGAUAUUGUGGGGUGGUUUUGCUGGUCUAUUUGGCUCCUUGGUGGAUUCUGUGCUAGGUGCUACACUGCAAUAUUCAGGUAUCGAUGAAGAAGGAAAAAUCGUAGAUACUCCAGCUGCAGGCGUAAAAUACAUAAGUGGUUUAAGAAUUAUUGACAACCAUAGUGUUAAUCUUAUAUCAAGUAUUAUAACAGGUGUGUGUAUUCCCGUAUUUGCUAUGAAAUAUUGGCCAGAACGUUAGCUUGUCCAGUCGUGUAUUUGACUUACCGUUUGAUUGUUAGUGUCUUAUGUCGUAUCAUUAAUAUUUCGUACUCGAACAUAGUGUUAAUUUCAGCUAUAGGUUUCCAUCCAACUGAUUGUGAUUGGGGAUACAUUUUUAUUCAGUUUUUCUCUUUUUUUUUGAGAAUAUGAUUCAUAUUUUUACAUUUUUGUAAUAACUAAGAAGGUAUUUUAAUAUUGUGCAUGUUUGUAAAAUAAAAUAAAAAUAAUUUCCUAAUACAA